AGCUCGAGCAGCCCAAGGGAAUUCAAUUCAAUUCAAAUACUGAACUCUGUUUCCGCUUUUUUCACUGUCAGAAGGAGAAGCAAUGGACUCAACAUUGAAUUUCAUAGCCUCUGCAGUUACAUUCUCGCCAAUCACAUCCAUCGCCAGGCCUUCUCUCUCACCUCACAACCUCUCUUUCCAUUCCUGCCAUGCCCAAUUCCCUUUAUUCCAAACAAGUCCUCUACCCUCCGCGCCCGCAAGCCGAACUCAGAGCCCGAGCCACUUCUCAAACCCACCAUUAUUGAUGAAGUUUCAGAGGACGACGAAGACGACAACGUUAUCUGGGACGACGACGAUGACGCAUUAAUGGAUGAUGAGGGUGAUGAUUAUUACGAAGAGGAUGAGUUUGUGGCGGAUGCUGCUGAGCACUACGCUGGAGAUGGAGGCGGAGGUGGUGGAAUUUCUCUUGCUGGGACUUGGUGGGAUGACAAAGCACUAGAAAUAGCUGAAGAAGUUAUUCUGUCCCUUGAUGGCGACUUGAAAAUUUAUGCAUUUAAAACGUUGCCAAAUUUCAACAUUCAAGUGCGCAUUGAGAGGCUUUCGAAUAAAUCCGGCUCCCCGAGUAUGGAAGAUAUUGAGGCUUUUUCUAGAGCCUAUAGGGCAAAACUGGAUGAAGCAGAGGUUGCUAAAUCACUUCCUGAGAAUUUAUCUCUUGAGGUGUCAUCUCCAGGCGUUGAAAGGGUAGUUCGGGUUCCACAUGAGUUGGAUCGGUUCAAAGAACGACCUAUGUAUGUGAAAUUUGUCAGUGAGACAGCUGAAACCGGUGCUCUGUCGGAAAGUGACGGUGUUUUCAGGCUUGUUUCUUUCGAUGUGGAAACAAAAAGUUGCGUUUGGGGUUUAGCAGAUGUAAGGAUUAAUAGAGAAAAGGCAGGAAAAGGAAGACCACUCAGCAAAAAGCAGCGGCAGUGGCAAUUGAACACACCAUUUGAUUCCUUAGUUUUGGUUCGAUUGUACUCUGACAUUUGAUAAUUCUUUCUGUAAAUUACUUUCUGACUCAACAAACGUUGAUGUAGUGCAAAUGUGCAAUCGAUAACGAAUUCGAGUUUCUAACA